AGAGAGAGAGUUUGGUAUUUUUCUUUCCUUCACUUUUUUUAUAGGCAUGGACACCGAGACCUGCGUUUCAUACAGCGACAUGACAUCCAUGGAUUCAUAUUAUAGCCCCUCUGCAGCAGCGCAAGGCAGGGAUCACCAGGCGGACCACUUUAGGACAUUCCCGGCCACUGACACCAAAUACAGCCCCACCGCCUUCCUGCCCAACAAAGGUCAGGCGUACGGAGAGAAGUCCCGGAGCCCCUUCCAGCAGGAGUGCCAGUCAUUGGAUGCCGCCGCAGCUGGGCAAGGCACUUUCGGUAAAUACCACCUGUUUAUGCAGAGGUCGUCUUGCAAAACGUCCUCCGAGGAAGGCAAGCUGCACCCGGAGAGGGGACACAACGGAGGGCUCAUCCCCUGCUACGGUAAAGACGGUUCAGGUCUGACCGACACCGAGUUGGGCCCGGACUCCGACCCACCUGGAAUGGACACCAGCUACCUGACUUUGAAGGAUCAAGGUGUCAAGCCGGCCUCUGACAGGCUGCCAGGCACCGACCUAUCGAGCCCUAUGGACAAAGCCGAUGGCGCCGAAAGCAACAAAGGCAAGAAGAGACGUAACCGCACGACCUUCACGAGCUACCAGUUGGAGGAGCUGGAGAAGGUUUUCCAGAAGACGCACUAUCCUGACGUGUACGCUCGGGAGCAGCUCGCGCUGAGGACGGACCUGACUGAAGCCCGUGUGCAGGUUUGGUUCCAGAACCGAAGAGCGAAGUGGAGGAAGAGGGAGCGUUUUGGUCAGAUGCAGCAGGUCCGGACACACUUCUCCACAGCUUAUGAACUGCCGCUUCUGACGCGUCCGGAGAACUACGCACAGAUCCAGAACCCUUCUUGGAUCGGCGGCGGCAGCGCAGCGUCUCCUCUGCCGGGCUGCGUUGUGCCCUGCGACACUGUGACCUCCUGCAUGACCCCUCACCCCCACUCUGCCAGCGGGAUGUCUGAUUUUCUGGGCGUGCCAAGCCCCGGAGGUCACGUCGGGCAGGCUCACAUGGGCAGCCUGUUCGGGGGGUCUCCUGGCAUGGCCGGCGGCAUCAACGCGUACGAUCUCAACAUGGACCCGGACCGCAAGUCCUCCAGUAUCGCCGCCUUGCGCAUGAAGGCCAAAGAGCACAGUGCGGCCAUAUCCUGGGCCACAUGAUGUGUUGGUAUUUGCUGGACGCCAGAAACAUCUCGACAAACCCAGCUUGACGUGAGGGGCACGAAAAAUAGAAAAUUCGAAAGGCAACAGUGACUACCUUCAUAUAUGUUGCAAUAAAAUAAUGAUGCAGAUACAAGGAUGGAUGAAGAAUACUCCAAGAGACAAGAACAAGAGAUUUGUUAAGAUUAGUGUCAUGGCACUGCCAAAUUUCUCUUCGUGGAAAGCCUGGUGGGAGGUGGUGCUGUACUGUAUAACAGAUGUUGCAGUGUAUUACUGAUUAUAAGCGAAGGAGAGAAAGGUUUAGAAAAAGUUUUUAAACAAAUCCAUGCACUUAUUUGCUAAAAUACAGGAAAUUCUGUUGUGUACAGUGCUUUCAUUGUCAGUGUAGUUCUUUGUUCAGGUGCUGUUUUAUUCUUACCGUGUUAUUUAAGUUUUGAGUGUUACUGUGUUUUUCCCUCCUGUCGUUUUGUUGCUUAGUUUGAUUCAACAUAAAGUUCAGCAUCCAUCCUGAAAUUCAAAUUUAGUUUGCCAUGUAUGUAUUAUUGUAAAAGACAAUCUUCACGCUGGUGCUGAGGCAAAGAAAACUGUUGAUAUCUGUCACAUCUCAAAACUCUGAACCAACACCUCUGGGCUUGUGUUUCACUCACUAGAGAACGUUACAAGUGUUUCUCCCCUCUGUGGCCUUUAGAAGUCAGUUUGUUUUAGUGUGGUCAGACUGAGGCAUCCACCUGCCGCACUGACGGAGGAAGGGAUGGAGGAGGAAGUGUGUGUGGGAGUGUGAGAGGGGCACAGCGGGCCUGCUGCUCUCAGGGCUGAAGAGCCUGGGAGCGCCAGCCUCCAAAACAGAGCCAGCUCUGUUUUCAGCGAGACAAGAAUCCGAAGUGGACAUGACUGUGCCCUGUGCGUUUCCAGUCUCAGGAGUUUCAGAGAGAGAAGUGCCUACCAGUCAGUCAGACACACUGCCAGAAAUAACAGCCGAAACCAGCAGCCGCCACCUUUGAAACAGAGGCGGUUGGUGGAGAUUCCGCAGUGUGUUGACACUUCGCAGCACUGAAAGGAAGUCAGUGUUCAGCAGCUUUUAACUGGACUUAAACUCAACUGGGUCCGGCUGUCGAGGCCGACAGGUAAACGCUCAUGGCAGCACUGGCGUAUACUGUACGUCGUUUGCCUUUCUCUUUUUUUCUUUCAUGAUUUGCGUCAAAACCAGACAGAGGAGGCCACCGACCAGAGAGCAACAGCUUUAAUCCACACUGAGCUUUAAUGACAUCUCAGAGGCAGUUGUGAUAUAACCAAACUGCUUCUGUUCACCACACACACACACCUUUGUGUCUGUACACUGACAUAUCUGGAGGAUGUUGAGCGAUGGUGUUGAGUCUGUGUGAGAGAGGCAACAGGAAGAGGCCAGAGGAUUCCUGCAGGAAUGAUGUUACAGCUGAGGAACUAGAAAGCCCUGAUUACAAACCAGGCACAGUGGGCAGCUGACCUUUGACCCCAAACUCCCAGACUCACUGCACAUCAGUUGUUUUGGUUUUUUUUUGGUUAUCUUAUAACUUACAAAUUUGAGGUUCUUGGUUUCUGACGCUCUGGUUUCUGCCACUUGUAACUGGGCAGCGUUCACCGUCCUUGAUGGGAACGUGGAGGCAUCGGGGGCCCGACGGCAAAUCUUAACCUCAAACAAGUUCAUCAGGUCAUGUUUGAAAAAUGACAAUUAGGCUGAGAAGCAGAAGAUAUUGGUAUUAUAUCAGUUUUGAUGCAUUUUAGCUAAACAGAGUCUCUUAGUCGAAGAUGGUGGCAAGGUUGAGGUUAAAUGGAGCCAGAGCUCAGCGUCAUCUCUCUGAGCACAAAGCACAUCCUCACAUCAUUUAAAUAUUCAAACAGCGAAGCUUGUUUUCCGCCGGUAGCGCCCUCCUCCAGUGACAGAAAUAGCAGAUGAGGUCAACGGAUGACGUAAUGCUCGUUCUUCCUCUGUUUGCGAGGCCUGAUUGAGGCUAGAAGCAUAACAAAGGUCUUCAUGGUUCUGAAAAGUGAACCCGAUACCCUGUAGCACACCUUCAGGCAGAGCAACCGUUGCUAAUUCGCUAAACUGAACCACAUUCACCCUCCUUGUGUAGCAGGUACAAGAAGCGGAGGUGGGGGGGCUAUAACCUGUCAGCAGAGCAGAUCACCCCGGAGUCGUCCAAAUCACAUGCAGUUUUUUUUUUUUGCUCCAAAUUCCAGGCACAUGCAUUAAUCGGGAGUAAAGAGCACAUGUCUCUAGAAUGAGAGGGUCUCCUUGCUCCUUGCGAACGUUCAGGCGGGGGCCCCCCUCUGCUCCGGCUGAGGGGUUGGACGGAGGGCGAGUCGUGAGGGCGUCUGCUGUGUUCCGGUGUUCUGAGAAAAGGACAGUGCACACAGCUGCGCUCAAGGGGUAAAUGCAAAACAAACAUGCCUCACACAUGCUUCCCCCUCAGCUGUCAUGGCUCUGCUUUCAAAGUUUCACCCCCAUCACCCACCUC